CCAGGAAGAGGUGGGACUGGGAGCUGGUGACAUUACAGUAGUGGUUGGUGUGUGUGUGUGAGUGGGAGAGUGAAUGGGAGACUCCUGCAGCGUUUCUGCUCUCAGUGUGCGUGUAGGUGAGAGCCGGCCCGAUGAGUGGUGUCGAAAGUGGUAGCGAGAGGUCCUCAUCCUCUGCCCUGCCCAGGUGGCUGCUGCUGCUGCUGCCGCUGCUGACUGUGUCCUGCCCGGGGCUGCCGAGGGUGGCGGCGAUGGACAAGGAAGAGAAACGCCAACUCAGGGACCAAGUAUUGGAGAUGUUUGAUCAUGCAUAUCAAAAUUACAUGGAACAUGCUUACCCAGCUGAUGAACUAAUGCCUCUGACGUGCCGUGGCCGUGUGCGUGGCUUGGAACCGAGUCGUGGUGACGUGGAUGAUGCACUUGGCAAAUUUUCUUUGACUUUAGUUGACACUCUGGAUACUCUUGCACUGCUGAAUCAAGUAGAGGAAUUUGAAGUUGCUGUGAAAAAGGUUAUCAAUGAUGUUCACUUGGAUAAUGAUAUUGUCGUCUCGGUCUUUGAGACUAAUAUUAGGGUGCUAGGAGGUUUGCUGGGAGGCCAUGCCAUGGCUACCAUACUGAAAGAACAAAGUGAGCAGAUGCAGUGGUAUAAUGAUGAGCUUCUCUACAUGGCAAAGGAACUUGGGUAUAGAUUGCUACCAGCAUUCAAUACUACCAGUGGACUUCCAUACCCCAGGGUCAAUCUGAAAUAUGGAGUGAGGCGACCAGAAGCAAGAACGGGUACAGAAACAGACACCUGUACAGCCUGCGCAGGGACCCUUAUUCUGGAGUUCGCAGCUCUGAGCAGACUUUCUGGAGACCCUAUUUUUGAGCAACAUGCUCGGAAGGCCUUAGACUUUUUGUGGGAAAGGAGGCAGCGCAACAGCAACCUGGUGGGAACCACCAUCAAUAUCCAUACUGGAGACUGGGUCCGCAGAGAUAGUGGAGUUGGAGCUGGGAUUGAUUCUUAUUAUGAAUAUCUCUUCAAAGCAUACAUUCUGCUUGGUGAUGAUGGCUAUUUGCAGAGAUUCAACACUCACUAUGCGGCCAUCAUGAAGUAUAUAAGCCAACCCCCUCUCCUGCUGGAUGUCCAUAUACAUAAGCCACUGCUAAAUGCACGAACGUGGAUGGAUGCCUUGCUAGCUUUCUUCCCAGGCCUGCAGGUUUUAAAAGGAGAUAUACGUCCAGCUAUAGAAACUCAUGAGAUGUUGUAUCAAGUGACGAAAAAGCACAACUUCCUGCCAGAGGCUUUUACCACUGAUUUUAGGGUUCACUGGGCCCAACACCCUCUUCGACCUGAAUUUGCUGAAAGUACCUAUUUCCUAUAUAAGGCUACCGGGGAUAAAUAUUACUUGGAGGUGGGAAAGACUAUUAUUGAGAACCUGAAUAAGUAUGCACGUGUACCAUGUGGCUUUGCAGCAAUGAAGGAUGUUCGUACAGGAAGCCAUGAAGACAGAAUGGAUUCCUUUUUCUUGGCUGAAAUGUUCAAAUAUCUGUUCCUUCUCUUUGCUGAGAAAGAAGAUGUUCUCUUUGAUAUUGAGGACUAUAUCUUUACCACUGAGGCCCACCUGUUGCCACUUUGGCUCUCUACAAACUUCACCAAGAAUAAGAAAAAUGAGACAACAAAUUACGCAGAUUUGGACGACAACAACUUUGAUUGGUCAUGCCCUAAUACACAAGUUCUAUUCCCAAAUGAUCCCUCUUAUGCCAACAGCAUUCGUGAACCUUUCAAAAAUGUGGUAGACAAAACUUGCCCAAAGACCAACACGCGACAGGAGGUAGGUGGCGAUGGUCCUGGGGUCAGGUCACAUCUGAGGGCCAGAGAUUUUAUGGCCAACAAUCCUGAACACCUCGAUUUACUGAAGAAAAUGGGAGUCAGCUUAAUUCACCUCAAGGAUGGCAGAGUCCAGUUGGUUCAGCAUGCAAAUCAGGCAGCAAGUGCACAUGAUGCAGAGGAUGGCCUGCGUUUUAUGCAGGAGAUGAUAGAAUUGUCUAGUCAACAGCAGAAAGAGCAGCUGCCACCUCGGGCAGUCCAAAUCAUCUCCCCUCCAUUCCUUGGUCGAGUGGUACUCACAGCUGGACCAGCACAGUUUGGAACAGAGCUUUCCAAAAUUACCAGUGGGGUACGAGGUUUUGUUGCAAAGUGUGAGCCCUACAAUGGCUGUUCAGAAGUAACAAAUCCUGAAACGAUAAAGGGAAAAAUUGCCCUGAUGCAACGAGGUCAUUGCAUGUUUGCUGAGAAAGCACGGAAUGCACAGAAAGCUGGGGCGAUAGGUGGCAUUGUUAUUGAUGACAAUGAAGGAAGCAGCAGUGAUACGGCCCCCCUCUUCCAGAUGGCUGGUGAUGGAAAAAACACUGAUGAUGUUACGAUCCCAAUGCUUUUCCUCUUCAAUAAGGAAGGAAAUAUCAUCCUUGAUGCUAUGCAGGAAUAUCAGGAGGUAGAAGUGCUGCUCUCUGACAAAGCUAAGGAUAGAGAUCCGGAUAUGGAAGAAUCGGAACAAAAUUCAGAAGAUGAUUUGCAAUCCAGGGAGCCAAGCUCGACCACAUUUGAAUGUCAGAGUGAAGCAGCAUCUUACAUUAAAAUCCCAAGCAAUGGGAAAGCUGAUGAAUCAGUGAACGAGGAUGAUGCCAGUGAUCAGUCAAUCAUGCCUGGCACAAAGAUACAACUAAGUAAUGAAAUUUUGGAUAUGUUGAGCGGUUCUGAUCAGAACCCAAGUAAUACUCCUGCAGACACAUCGUCAGAUACUGUUAAUGUCAAAGAUCAGGACCUGCAAAGGACAGAUUGUCAAGGGACCUCAGAAGAUGGACAAGAACCUUGCGCUCAAUCUUCAGAUCAGGUAAAGGAAGGGACCGAUAGUGAGGUAGAGCCAGAGCAGGAAUCCAGUCCAAAUAUUAGUCAAGAAACAGAGGCUCGAACAAUAGACUCCUUGUUAUCAGACUGGAAGGAAGAGAUAGAUGCCUUUGAAAUGAUGGAUAAGGACGAGCUAUGACCGUGAUCAUACAUUUGUAUGAUGGGAUUUUCCUCCUUUUCCCCCAGAUGAACUGGGUGUAAUAGUGCACAGUGACAUUCCCUGAUCAAUUGGAAUAAUGUGCCGAUCUGUCUCUUUGAUUUGUAUCAACUCUCAAAUGUGGAGAAGGUCCUCUAUACACUGAUCAUCUUUUCUACCUGUUUAAUCUGAAGAUACCAGUCAGAUGAAUGGUUUUCCUGAUACAGCAUGCCUCAGACUGUGAGAAAUGUGCCAGGGUUGAGAGAACGUCUUUCAUUAUUUUCUACCUUUCCCUCCUUCUCCAUUCGCAUGCACACUCCUUCAGACUAAUUUUAUUGUGUUACUGCAGGUUUUAAAACCACACUAUUCUGCAGCAUUUAUCCACUAUAUAAUUACAAGCUGACAGCCACUUGCCAGAUUAAAACACCAGAUUGCUUAAUUUAUUUUUUUUAAAAAGCUUGUAAUUACUGAAAUAUGAUUUUAGCUUCUAUUUUGUUUUUCUAACAAACUGGAAAUAAUUCUUGACAAUGCUGCCUCCAGCAAUGAAAUUUAUUAUCAAGUGUUUUCAGCACCAUCCCAACUAAAUGAGGAAAAAAUAAAGGAUUCAGUGUUGUCAGACAUUGGAACUUGUGGUUCGAAAAAAAAUAUUAACAACAGACUUGAUUUUUACUUUGUUCUGUCUUGAUUGUCCAUGUUCCUCCAUCACACUCCUAAACCUUUCCAAGCCUGUUAUCUUCUAUUUCAUAUGCUGCAGGGAUAACACCCAGCCAAUUCAGGUAUUAAAACUAAUGACUAUCACAGGGGCACUCACUGAUUUUACACUUUCCCUUUGUGGACAUCGGAUCACACAGAAAUCUGGUCCAUUUGCUAGAACCUUCUGUCCUAUAGCUGUUAACUGAAUAAUUCUACUGCUGAAUCCAAAUCUAGUUACAGCUUUGAUAUCAGAUGAUAGAUUGGUUAACCUUGUAAAAGCUUAUGGUUAACAGGUGGCAGCUCCUCUGUAUUGGUUACUAAUGCAAACAGGACUAGUUUGUAAGACCAUUUUGGAUGAAAAUUAUAACAAAACAUAGUGUUUUUAUGUUUUAUAUUUUUUUAAAAAUUGAAUUGUGUAAGGCUAGGAGUAUGCAAUGGAAUAUUAUUUUAGACCAGUAGUUUGGGAAAGCCCAACACUGUCAUGUACAACAAAAAAAAACUUAAUGGUUGUGAAGUAGGUCACAAUGCUAUGGAUCAUUUUGCAGGAAUAUUUAUCUGUCAGAGACUUUCCUCUGCAAUUUGAGCUGACCUUAAAUGUUCAAGAUAUUUUACCUGUUGAAAGUUUCCUUCUUAAAGCAUUAAUUGCAAAUUGAUAGAAUUUUAAACAUUUUUUUUUCCUGUCUGAUUCAAUAGACUUCCAUAUUUAUCGUACAGCCCUACCAUUCUAACAGCUGUGGGACGUUGAGCCAUGAAUUAAGUAGUUAAUUGGCACUACUUUUAAUGCCCUUCAAAGUGAUGCAACUCUAUCCCAAACCUAAAAAUAAUUAAUUGAUGAACAUGUGUAAUUGUUCGAUUUAUGCUCCCGUUAAGUGCCUUGCGAUGUUUUACUGUGUUAAAAGUCACUAUAUAAAUAGAAGUUGGUGUUACUUGUUCUUUUACUAUGUUUUUAGAUAACAUAGUUUGGUUUAUAAGUGUGCAGCCUGGUGUGUUAUUCUGUUUGUGUUGCUGAAUCAGUGAAGUUCAGUCGCAAUAUUACAAUUGAUCUCAUUGUUACUCGUCCAGGGUAAGGAAAUAUGAGUCAGGGUGCCUCCUCCAUUUGGAAGUCCAUCAGGUUAGCAUUACAUAAGCAGAAGUUCCAUGCCUUGAUCCAUCAGGUAUCUCGAAUGACUGUGUGCCUGACCCGAGGGCACGUAGAUGUUCAAUGGCCGCAUUACCUCCUGGCUCUGACUGGGUGUGUGUGAGAAAUAGUUAUAUGAUAAGGUGUUAGAAACUGGACAACACUUGCAGGAUUGUAUCCCGAACAAAGUGUGAAGUGAGGAGAGAAAAUAGAAAGAUUUUUUUCGAAAAGGACACAGUUGUUUCAUGGAUCUAUUUUUUCCUCUCUAACAAAUUAGUUUGUCGAUACAGAGUGCAAUGAUAUAUCUUUGUAUGUCAGCGUACUCUGUAACCUUUAUAACCCUGUGCAAAUAGUUCAACUUUGGGGCAAAGCGAAUCCUUUGAUAGAAAAUCCCGACAAGUUAAAAAGUUCACUUAUGAUACUUUUGAGCUGUUACUCAUUUUAGAAGAACGUUUGACAUUUUCGAGAACGAGGAGUAUUUGGAGUUCAGUUUUAAAUAUUGAAUGUAAUGGAUAUGGAAACAUUGUUUUCUGAUGUUUUGUUUGUAAUGUUGUGGUCUUAAGUCCUGUAGUGUACAUUAAGAUCUUUUGGGAUAGGCAGUGUGCAUCAUUUAUGGACUAAACCCUCUUUGCACAUGGCAAAAUAUGCACACCUUUAUAAAUAUAACCAUCAAUAAGCCUAAUUCGCACACUAUCAAAUAGAGACAUUUUCUUUACUGUUCGGAUCCUUGAUUAUUCAAAACUUGUACUUCUGUCAGGGUGAAUAAAUGCUCCUGCAGUUCUCAAAGGGUAAGACUGCAAAGGAUCCUUCUGAAAGUUAGGUUCUUAUUUCACAGUGGAGUUGAAAAUCUGUAAGUCACGAUUUUUCAGUAUCAAUGAUUAUCUCCGUAAACCACCAUUUGUAUACAUUUUCAGUAUCUAACAAUGUUGUAUAUUACUGUUCAUUAUUAUAUAACAUUAUGAUUGAUGUUGACAAAUUUUGAAAUCUGUUUAGUUCCAUAAUUCCACUAUAAUUUGGAGCAGGUAUCCUGCAGAUAUAGAACGCUUUUGCUUAGAUGCUGCUAAAUGUAGGAGGUAUACAGUUAGCUGUUACUUUGCUCACCCAAAUAUUACAAUUAUUAUAAGAUUAUUAGGAAGUGAUUUUUUUUUUGUUUGUUUAAAGUUGUCUAUUUCUGUAUGGUCCAGAUUGAAUAACUCUAAGUGCAUCUGCAAUAAUUAAAUUGCUUAACCAUUAACCAUGACAAAAUUAGGCACAAAAAUCUUUUUUAUUUUAAUUGGAAGGGAAAGAUCAGUAAACAAUUUUACUGCUUCUGCAUUGCAACUUUUUGACUUUAUGGUGAAGCAAUAUGAUGAGGUAUUCCUGUAUUUUGAGCAGGCUACAGAGCAUGCAACAGCUCUGCUAAUUCUUCAGAUGAUCUGUCAUAUUGACUGAGUGAUUACAAAGCAGCUAAAUGUUAACAUAUCCAUUCUCAACUAAAAGAGUUUCAAAGGAUGUAGGAUUAUAUUGUUGGCCUAUACAUAACAUAUAUAAGCCCUAUUGAACCCAACUAAAUAGGGAAUUUACCAGCUUUAUAAAAAACAGAAAAAUGCUGGAAAACAUUUAGCAGAUCAGUCAACAAAUAUUGAGAGGGGGGUGGGGGGGAAGAAGCCACGAACAUUUCAAGGCUGGCAUAGCUUUUUGCAAUAUCAACUGUUUCUGUCCCCUCACCAAUGCAGCCUGACCGGCUGAGUGUUUCCAAUAUUUUUUAUAUUUAGAUUUACAGCAGUGAGUAUUUUACUUAUUUAAAGGCUGCAACUGGUUAUAAUACUAUAGUUCGCCAAAGUGGAGAUGACUGGACAAUUCCACUGUCAAUUUGGCUUGGAUACCACACUGUUUUAAGUGACUGGUGUAAUGCAUGUAACUUGUGUCCAAAAAUCCUUCACACAGUGCAUUUUUCCAGGUGACAUUAUCUUUGUUUUACUGGGAGACAUUGCUGUGGUUUGUUCCUUCUUCUGUUUAGUGAGAACAUUGAUUUUUCUUGGUGUUCAAUAGACUUUUUGAUUUGUGAUAUUAUUGUCUAUCCACCUCCAGCUCAUUGGCUGAUGCAGUGUUGCCAAUACUCAUUAGAUUAUUGAUUUUGAAGUCCUGUAGUUGGUGCUGGAUUGAGCUGUUUCAUGGUUUAAGAUCACAUGGGAAAUGUCAGUUUCAUGUUAAAAUCAAAAACACACAAUUAAGGCAUUCAGAAUAUAAAACUUGUUUUUUUUAUGGAAGGAAAGGAAAAUUUUGCACAGUAGUUAUAAAAAUAGCUAUGCAUUUUCUUUCCUCAGAGCUUUUAAUUUGAAUUGAAAUUAAAUUUAACACUGGGACCUGUUCCUUCAUUGUGAUUGUGGCAUACUGUGUCAAUCAGACUGUAGAAUUUGCACAGCAGGUGCUAGAGUCCAUGUCUUUCUCUAACAGAAAUGGUGUAGGCACCGCAGAAAAACCUGUAAAUAAAAUGGACAGCUGUAAAAUGUAAACUGUGAUGUAAAAGGAUCUGGUUAAUUUUGUAGAUAUGAUCACUGUAUAUAUUUCUGCAUUUGAUUACUGUGAUUAGUUUUGAUUGUAAAGAUUUAAUAAACCAAUGUAA